CAUUCAGUUUGAGUAUUGCCGCCAAUCGGUCUACAGCUGUCCGGAACAAAUAUAAACAAAAAACUUGUUCAAAAAUCGUGUAGGCAAUUCGAAAUAGAAUAGAAAUAAUCUAUAAAUCAACAUUGGUGACAGGCAUAUGAUUUGCUAAAAUCUUCGAGUUUACUCACAGUAAUUACUAUAAGCAUUCACACAGUUGCUAAUAUCCAUUCAGGGUUUCACGUUUUUACGAUACUCGAAUGCUAAUAUUUCCGUCGGUUAGAGUAGGCGUAUUCGGUUAUGUAUUUGCGGUUUUAAUAUUUUUAGUUAUAUUUACUAUCGGAAUCGCCGUAUUUUUAUAUCUCUAAAUACAUACAUAGGUCUGGUGUUACUGCCUAAUCAUUUUGAUAAGCGCGCAAUUAAGGCGAAGUGUAUGUAAAUAAAAUAAGUAGUUGAUAAGCGAAGAGUAUAAAAAUGACUGCUAAAAAUAUUCCAAGACGCCAAGCCAUCCCUGUGCUUUACACCAGAGGUACUAAUUACGAUGUCGGUUUUGAUAUGGGUCGAACGUUUGCUUCAAUUAUCAAGAACUUCUUGCAGCUUUGUAAUCCCUUGAAUGAGUCAUAUUUGCCAUUAUACAAUAAAGAUGAAGGAAGAAAAGUAUACAAUGAAACGUUAGAGAGCGUGAAACAAUCCUUUCCACAGUACAUCAGAGAAUUGGAAGGCAUCGCUGAUGGUGCUCAAGUUGAAUUUCAUAAACUUUUUCUGCUACACAUGGAUGAGAUCACUGCAAUUUGCGCAAAAGGACCUGAAGCGGUUGCACCAGUUGGCUGUUCAAGUAUAAUAGUUAACAAUGAAAACUCUCGUAUUAUCGCUCACACUGAAGACGCACUGACGGCAACAUUGAAUCACUAUUACUUCGUAGUGGCACACAUCGUCAAUGAUACACCACAGGGUAAACACCAGGUGAAGGAAGAACGUUUCAUGUCGCUUUGCUAUGCCGGCCACUUGCCUGGCUAUACGAUGAAUUACAAUCAUCAUGGAUUGGUAUUCACUAUUAACACGCUAUCGGCGUUGCAUUUGAGAAGUGGCAAAACACCUCGCCACUUCAUAACACGUGCCCUCUUGAGCGCCGAAAACUUCGACCAGGCAAUCAAAGUACUUAAAGAUGAGGGAGUUGGUGCCGGCGAUGGUUGUUCCAUCAAUCUAUCUUUCAUCAACGACGAAUCUCGUAAAUUUUACAACAUUGAAAUGGCGCCAGUUCUGGAAGAUGGCAAAGAAUCCCGUCUGGACAUUAAGGAGAUAUGCACUGGUGGUCAUAAUUGUCACGCUAACAGAUAUGAGCGCUUAAGCACCAAGGAAGCCAAUCAGUGGUUACUGGAUUCAAGCGAAUCGCGAAUGAAUACCUUCAGCAACUACUCGGCACCCACUUGCAAGGAUGAUGUCGUUCAAAUGUUGGGCGAUUGCAGCGGUGGCGACUAUUGUGUGUUCAAUGAAAAUAAUUCAUUGGAUGAACUGGUGAAAACAAUUGCUGUCGGUGUUUUCGACUUAAACGAAAAAACGGUUGCCUUGUAUUCAGACAAUCCGAGUAAGACCAAACCACACUGUGUACUACCGAUGAUACUGAAGGACUAAAGUAGUUAUUUGUUAGAGUAAAUUUAUUCGUAUUAAUAUGGGGUCAGUGAAAUGGAGAGUAGUUUCCUCCUGCAUUUUGCUAUCCCAAAAAAAGUACAACUGAAAAUAAACUAAUGUACUUAUGUAUUAAUUGUGGCCUUAUAAACAAUUUAAAAAAUGUUGAACGUAAAUAAAA